UGUAGCUGGAGUCGAGAUGGUCACAAACUGGUGAGUGCUUCAACCGACAACAUUGUGUCGCAGUGGGACGUUCUCUCUGGAGACUGUGACCAGAGGUUUCGAUUCCCUUCGCCUAUCUUGAAAGUUCAAUAUCACCCUCGAGACCAAAACAGGGUUUUGGUUUGUCCCAUGAAGUCUGCGCCAGUGAUGCUGACACUCUCUGACUCCAAACAUGUUGUUCUGCCUGUGGAUGAUGAUUCGGAUCUCAAUGUCGUGGCCUCCUUUGACAGACGAGGGGAAUACAUUUACACAGGCAACGCCAAGGGGAAGAUCUUGGUCUUAAAAACAGAUACUCAGGAUCUUGUUGCUUCCUUCAGAGUGACAACUGGAACCAGCAACACCACAGCUAUUAAAUCAAUUGAAUUUGCUCGGAAAGGAAGCUGCUUUUUAAUAAACACAGCUGACCGGAUAAUCAGAGUGUACGACGGGCGUGAGAUUCUGACCUGUGGACGGGAUGGGGAGCCUGAGCCAAUGCAGAAGCUACAGGAUUUAGUUAAUCGGACGCCGUGGAAGAAGUGCUGUUUCUCUGGGGAUGGUGAAUAUAUAGUGGCAGGUUCAGCACGACAGCAUGCCCUGUACAUUUGGGAAAAAAGUAUUGGGAACCUAGUGAAAAUCCUGCAUGGGACCAGAGGAGAACUGCUUUUGGAUGUAGCAUGGCAUCCUGUCCGACCCAUCAUAGCAUCGAUUUCCAGCGGUGUUGUGUCAAUAUGGGCUCAGAAUCAAGUGGAAAACUGGAGUGCCUUUGCACCUGACUUCAAAGAGCUGGAUGAAAAUGUGGAGUAUGAGGAAAGGGAAUCAGAGUUUGACAUUGAAGAUGAAGAUAAGAGCGAACCAGAACAGACAGGUGCUGAUGCUGCAGAAGAUGAAGAAGUGGAUGUAACUAGUGUGGAUCCCAUUGCUGCCUUCUGUAGCAGUGAUGAAGAACUGGAGGACUCAAAGGCUUUGCUUUACUUGCCCAUUGCUCCUGAAGUGGAAGACCCUGAAGAAAACCCUUAUGGUCCUCCACCUGAUGCUGUUCAGAGUUCUUUAACUGACGAGGGAAUAGGUUCUGAGAAGAAGAGACAAUGCUCCUCUGAUGGCCCUCAGGCACCAAAGAAGAAGCCCAAAACCACCAACAUUGAACUCCAAGGAGUACCUAAUGAUGAAGUCCAUCCGCUGCUGGGUGUGAAGGGAGAUGGUAAAUCCAAGAAGAAGCAAGCAGGCAGGCCUAAAGGAUCAAAAGGUAAAGACAAAGAUUCUCCAUUUAAACCGAAACUCUACAAAGGGGACAGAGGUGCUUUACCUCUGGAAGGAGCAGCGAAGGGUAAAGUGCAGGCGGAGCUGGGACAGCCGUUGGCAGCAGGUGGUGCAAUCUCAGAACUGUUAUGAAGAUGCUCUUCUUUAGCCUCCUAUGCCCUUUCCUAUAUUGGCACCAUAAUGUGGAAAAUACAUGGAAAUGCUCAGUCAGAAUGGACUGAUUUUAAUACAGCAGCCUGAUUGUUCAUGGAUUCAGGGAGUGACUUUUAUAAGAAAUGAAUUAUAGAAGAGGAAACGGCCUUCAUUCCUCCUUAACUGCCUCUACAUGCGACAAUGUAAGAUGCUGACUCUCAGGUUGUGCUAUUUGCAAAGU